AUGUUACGACUGCUCAGAAGCACCCGGGGUGCGACGAGCCAUAAUGUGGUAUCUAAAGUACGCAUGUUGGCAACGCCACUAAUACAGAAGGCGCAUGUGACAACGGACAAGAAGAAUAUUAUUAAAUCCAUAUUGCCUGAUGUCGAGAUGCCAACUGUGAGUCUGCCGGAGUUUAUCUUGAAGGUUAGCCAAGGGCCUAAGCACGAGUACGGCGACCAGAUUGCCUUCAAGAUGAGAGGAAAAGAACUGUCAUACAACGAU